ACAGGGGCCGCUUAAAUUCCUGCAGGGAGCCGAGGACAGCUUUCAGUUGUACCCGAACAUCGUCGGUUACGGCCGGGAGCUGCUGCGUAAAAACUGCGCCUCAAGUCGCCGAAAGGCCACCAACUUAGUGGUCAUAACUCGGGUUUCGUGGACAGGUUUUUGGACAGUUGUUGGAUGUUUUCAUGUAGAAACGGUCUCUUUGUGACAUUUGGACUGUCAUGUGUCACGGUUGAGGAAGAGGAGGCUUUUCAGUUGACGGACAUUUACCUGACGCCGGGGACAGCAUCACUUGUGGAGGCCACUUGAGAUGGACGAGCAGGUGAGUCCGCUGGAGAGGGACCACACCCUGUCUGUGGUUCUGCCAGGGGGCCUGGAGAGGACUGAAACAGUGCACGGCAGUAAACCAGUGAUGGACUUAUUGGUGACCCUUUGUGCGAGCUACCACCUGAAUCCGUCAGACUACACUGUCGACGUUCUCUCGCCCAACAAGAACAACAUCAGUUUCAAACCAAACUCUCCUAUUGGCUCUCUGGAAGCGGAGAAGAUUGUGCUAAAGCCCAAAGGGGUGGAGGAAAAGAUCAGGAGGCCGUACAUGCCUGAGGCAUCUGUGCGCCUGCUGAUCAACUACAAUAAGUGCCACAAGGCCGUGGUGCGAGUGAGUCCCAGAGUACCCCUUGAGAUGCUGCUGCCAGUGGUGUGUGAAAAGUGCGAGUUUAACGUCCAAACAACCGUCUUACUUAGGGACUCUCAGUCCAAAGAGCUGCUGGACCUGACCAAGACUUUAAACGAGCACGGACUGAGGGAAGUGUUUGCCAAAGACACAGCUGGUGAGGAGCCUGUCGACCAUCAACACCAGCCCGAGUCACCCAAAGCGGCUGUAACGCCAACAGAGGUCAUCUCGCCUCCCCCUCUACAAGACCUGCCAAAGAAGGAGAAGAAAAAGAAGAAGGGAACAGGAUUUCUCAGCUUAUUCAGAAGAGCGAAGAAGAAACCUGAAAUGGACAAGGCAGUGAGUGCCCCAGCUUCUCCUGGUCUCAACAAGCAAGUGGGAGUCGCCACGAAUGAGCAGGAUGUUCCCUCUUCUAACACCUCGCCAGCAGAUAUGCCCAAGAAGAGACGCGCACCUCCUCCACCUAUGGCUGUGUCACAGAGCGUCCCCAACAAUCUGAGUGUCUGUCAUCUCAGAGGACCACAGAAGUCUGCAGAAUCCACUUUGAGGAGUACCAAGCGGAGGGCCCCACCUCCUCCCUGUGCAAACACCCACCAGGAGCAGCUGGCAGACACUGAGGUUAAAGCGACUGCAGACUCCCUGGACAUAGUUGAGGAGCUGAGAGAAAGCGAUGAGUCAGACUCGGUAAACCUCUCACUGUCCUCAUCCUCAUCACCACGUCCAUCACAACCAUGGUUAUCCUCAUCCUCCUCACGUGCGUCAUUCGCUCAUCUCCAAGAAAUCGCUGAUCCAUAUCUGCCUUCGUUUCGAGGGAAAGACUUGUCUGACACCCGCUGUGCACUUGCCAAAGUCCUGACCUCCUCUGUUUCCCAAGGAACACUGGUCAAGCGUUUGAGGAAUUCUGCCACUUUCCCAAAAUUAUACAGUGGCUCCUCAUUUGUGUCUGUGACCCAGAGGUUUUCAGAUAAAGGGGUUUUCUGUGCAGAACUUGACCCUGUUGCAACAUCCAGCCUCCCCAUUGAGCCUGAGUGGGAGGAUCCCAUACAGAGGAAGGGAAUGACCACGUUCAAAGUGGUUCCCUCUAAGAAGCAGAAGUCCCAUAAUCCUUCUCUCUCCCUACAUGUUCCAGAUCAGACACAAAAUAACCCUGAGAGUGAACGUUCUCCUGAGCUCAUCAAACAUCAAACUGAGGCUGAGGAAGAUCCCUGUUCUCCCGACAGAUCUGAGACUGAAACAGCUGUGCAGAGUCCAGAGCCCUCUCCUCAGGAGAUUCAGGCUUCAGACAGGCAAGAUUCUCCUCCACCUCCACUUGAUUUAGACAAACAGGACUGCCCAGGCUCACCUCUCUCUGAGUUUGACGGCACAAAACUGAAGGAAGAGGAUGAAUCUCCAGUCACAUCUGAGGCGAUACCAGCAGAUCCGCCAGACUGCAGCGAUGGAGAACUUCCUUGUGAUGGUCGGAUAAAGUCAGAACAGAGCCUGAGUAGAGAGUCUGUAAGUACAGACACAGACGAGUGUGUAUGCACUGAUGAGGGGGAAGUUGAGGAGGAAUUGAUAGAAAAAGAAGAGGAGGAGGACGAUGACAUUUUCCCUCCCCCUCCUUCACCUGUCUUUUUUAAUGAAGACAUAGAAGUCGUUGAAGAGGGGAGAGAAGCUGCUGCAGCUUCCUCUCUGCCAUCGUCUCAUCCACAAAGUCCUGCCUCAUGUGGGCAAACCAGCGCAUUCAGUGAGGACCAUCAAGGUGAGCCAACCUCAGCCACAGGUGAGCAGUCUGCAGCUGCACCAAACCCUCUGGACAGGAUGAGUGCAGCCCCAUCCAAGUUUGCACAGGCGGUAGCGCUGGCCGUGCAGAGGUCCCGUCUCCAGAGUCACAGGAAAGGUUUAGAUCCUCAGGCUCCCAGUGGUCGACACAAUGCACUUCCCUCACCGCCCACAUCCAGUUUGGUGCCUGACUGGCUUCCUCACUCAACUUUGAAUGGAAGUCCUUGUUUAGGAUGAAAAUUCAGAGCAGACCGAAGACAGCGGACUUUCCAGAUUACUGACAAAAGGUCAGCUGAAUGAUUUCCAAGUAGAUAAACUGCAUCAGUUUUUUUAUUACGAGAAGCAGCCAACUUCUUUUUCUCUUUUCUUUUUUGCAAAAGACACUUUGUUGUGUCAUUUUAAGUUGGACUUUAUGUUCACAGGUUGAACAUAAACAUUUUCUGUCGUCAAGUAAGCCAAAUGUACAGGACGCACUUUGUUGAACUGACAACGUCCUGUUUUUUCUUAACUUCCUUUUAAAUUUUCGUUGAAGAUGUGCCAAGGCGGACGUAACGCUGACGUGAGAGCUUUUUUUGUUUGUGUAAAAGAGCUGAUGCACAUGCAAUAAUAGGAUUGUUUUAUGUCUGUGCAGGAAUUUAUUUUCUCCCUUAGUGUGUAAAGGUUUUUGUUUUAAGACCUGAAGAGUGCAGUAAAGCUUGUUAACUCUGUGUCAGACUGGUUUCCCCAUUAGCCACCAGAUGGCAGCAGAGCAUUGUUUCAAAAAUGAACAUACUGCCGUUAUCCCUUAGUGCGAGAUAGAGUUCUGGUGAAUGUAUCACAAGUGAUAUAUUUUGUAUAAUUUUAAAAGAAUUAACAGUGAAUAAUUAUUUUCUAGUUACACCAGAACAAUAAAUCAACUUAAAUCAAUUAAGGACCUUAUUCUAAUGUUCAGUUACUCUGAAAGGUCUUAGGAUUUGUCUGAAGGUUAUCUUCAUCCAAGAAUACAUAUCCAUCUUGAAGACUUUCCCCAGAAUAAAAAAAGAACUAUGCAAUAUUUAAUGGGAACAUGAGAAUUUCCAGCAUUUCCAGCAACAAAAUAAAAAAAUAAAAAAGUC